AUGGCGACGCCUUUCAGACAAGUACGGGCCGACUACGACGACGAGACCAUCACCGUCUACCAGGCAUAUAAACACGCCAUCGCCAGCGCGGCCGUCGCCGAGCAAAAGCUCAAUGCGUCACCAGAUUUCCUCACUACACGAAUGACCUGGAUCAAACCCAGUUGGGCAUGGAUGCUUUACCGGGCAGGAUAUUCCUACAAAGACCCUGGGCAGGAACGAAUCUUGGCUCUGAAGAUGAAACACGACACCUUCAUCAAUCUCCUCGAACGUGCAGUUCUUACCACCCACGAUAGAGGGGGAACAAUGGCAAAUAUGGAAGGCGAAAAUUCACCAGCACUGUCAGACGGAACCUCUGAUAACACCAGUAGGCGAGUUCAUCAUAAUGUAGCAGGCGCCGAGAAGUCAUCCGAUGUGAAGGUUCAAUGGGAUCCUGAACGCACGAUCCGUUUACACAAGUUGGAGUAUCGGAGCAUUCAGAUCGGCAUCCCCAGAGCUAUCAGUUCGGACUGGGUAGAGCACAUGAUUGUCAAAAUCGAGGAUGUAACGGACAAGGCGAGGAGGUUAAAGCAGGUCUUGGACGACAAGCCCGACGUCACCGAUGAGGAGCUCAUCCAGCUCGGAUUGGUCCCGAAGGAAAAGCCAUUUGAGCUCCCGGAGAGACUGCAAAUUUCACUGCGGAUGGUGGGAGACCAUACAAAAUAA